AUGAUCAAACCCAUUUUCUCACUCAAUUCUUCAAGCGACCACCUGACCCAAUCCGAAAAAGACACCCUCCUCCUUCAACGCCUCGAAAGAGCCAUCUUCCCAGCUACAAUCUACCUCACCGACGCCCCUAAAACAUCAUACCUCCCCACAUCAGACACAACCCCCGCAACCCUGCCCAUACUAACAAUCUACCACAAACCAGAAAACAAAGUCUACAACCACGUCCUCCUCCCAAGAUCCCUCCACCCUAUUCUAUCCAUCAAGUACGCGCCAAGCAGGGAGCUUGAAGUUCAAGGAACUCUAGUCGAGAAAACGUACUGGGUAGGAUUUGACCUGUCAUGCAUGCACAACUACAAAGAAACCAGUGAUUUUAUCACCGCACUCGAUCAGAUGGAAAUCGGGGGUAUGGCUUUUAUCGUGGAUGACCCGGCGCAGGCACCCGUGAAGGCUUUUAUGAUGGAGAUUACGGGUGUGUUCCGGAAUGAAGAUGAUAUCUUGGCUUCGGCGAAGAGACAGGUGAAUCUUUUGGAUAAGAUGGUCUUUGGUAAGUAUGUUACCCUUGGGCCGGAGGUUUUGGAGUGGACGGAAGAGGAGGAUGGGUAUAAGGCUGCUUGUACUCCCGAGCGGUUUAGAGAGUAUUCGUCUUGGGGUUGUGAGGACGAGUCUGUGUCGGGGUCGGGUUCGAGGAAAGCUUUCGGUUUGGGUAUCUGGUUUCAGUAA